AUGCAGCUUUCUUCUCUCCUCGUCGGCGCCCUUUUCGCCUUAGGCCUCCAGGCCGCCCCGGUGACAGACGAUGCCGGACAAAGCGAUGUCAUCGAUAGAAAGAAGAUCUUUGACCGGUCAGGCCAGCUGUGUCGAGUCCUUAGUGAGCAUGUCAACUGUCGCUACGGACCCGGCACAAACUACGAUGUCAAAGUGGGACUGUCUUCGUCCUGGACACGCGGGUAUUACUUUACCUGUGUGAAAUCCGGGGAAUGUGUUACGUUGAAUGGCGCUGUGAACUGUGGCUGGGAUUACUUUGAAGAGGAUAGAUGCUAUGUGAAUGGACAUUAUACUGAUAGCUCCUGUACUCUGGCUAAGCUUGGGCGUUGUUAA